AUGACCAAGUUCGCCAGCACGGACGACCCGGGUUUUGUGGCGAUUUGUGGAGAGCUGCGCCGGUGGACCAAGGCGGCCGUGGUCGUGACGCCUCCGCACGCCUUGCCGGAUCGCAGUCGCCGAGAGCCGCAGGGCGCUGGUGAACAAGAACCACAAGCGAAAGCCGGCAAGGCAUUUCGCAUUCGCGGAGUGCCACGAGACUGGGACGCCGAGAAACUUCAGUCCUUCCUGCGGAAGGAGGAGUUCCGGCCUCAGGACGGUUCGGCCGGCCCUACCGUCUGGUCCUUGGCAGACGAGGUUGGUGGCCGUUCGGGAGUGGGCACGGUGACCUUCCAGCGCGUCCCACCUGCGUCACAAACAGGCGGAAAAUGGACAAUCCCUCUCCCGCCUUCUUCGGCGGCCACCCAGCCAUCACGGUCAAGCCGGCAGCUACGUCUCACUCUUGACGACGACUUCCACGGCAUCACCACACUAUACUCUCCUCCGUCCGAGGAUCAUAAGCUAGACAUCCUCGCCAUCUCUGGACUUGGCGGCCACGCCUUCGGAUCAUUCAAGCAGAGAGGCGGAGAGCAUAUGUGGCUGCGAGAUGCUCUCCCCUACGACCUCACCCUCGAGGGCAACGACCGUCCCAUUGCACGGGUCAUGACUUACGGCUACAACUCCAGCAUCCCCCAGAGCAAUAGCAUGCAGAACUUGGAAGACCUCGCGGCGUCUUUCCAUUCGAGCCUCCUAGCGCUAGCGGGCACAUACAUCAAGCCGAUCCUCGUCAUUGCGCAUAGUUUAGGUGGCCUGAUUAUCAAGCAGGCCCUCAUAUCGCUGUCAAGGUCGGAGAGCAGAGACGACCAGCUUUUGCUCGGGGCGGUGUACGGGGUCGUCUUCUUUGGCGUGCCACACGAUGGCGUGGACAUCAGCUCGCUCAUCCCGAUGGUGGGCGACCAACCCAACCGGUUCCUUGUGGAGUCCAUCGGACAUAUCAACUCGCAGAUUCUCAGCACGCAGCGACGAGAGUUUCACGCAGCGCUCGGCGGGAAGGGCGACUCGGAAGUGUUCUGCUUCUACGAGACGCUCCAGUCUCUCACGGCGCAGCAGGACGAACAUGGUCACUGGGCGAUGAGUGGACCGCCGGCAUUCCUGGUCACCAAGACCUCGGCGACCCACUGCCGCCCAUGGGAGGAUGGGACGGAACACAUGUGCCCGAUCUCUCGCUCUCACUCGGAGAUGGUCAAGUUUGGGGAGCACGAUGCGGAAUACGACAAGGUGGUCCAGAGACUGGCCAGGCUUGCGGGGCGCGCCAUAAAGAGGGGCGUCCGCGGCAGCAACACGGAUCUGUCAGUGGGUUCGAUGGCGACACAGGAUAGAAAUGGUGGCUCGAGCACGCUCUGUAAGUAG